AAAAAAAAAUCCCCAAAAAAGAAAAAGGGAAAUGUCACAGGGCUGUUGGGCUGGUCCGAGUCCACUGUUGAACAUUUGUGCCGCAAACUUCCCAAACAGGAGGGAGCUUUUGAAGAAUUGAAAAAAUGGCGAGCGCUCUCGUCUCCAGAGUAGCUUCAACCGAACGGACGCCAAGCUUUUUUAGACUCUCUUUCGACUUAUUGCGGCGUUUCAGCGCAAACCCAUCAACUGGUUCUACUUCUUCUUCUUCAGCGGCUGCGGCCAAUUCCACCAAGCCAAGGCGCAAGAAGAAGAAGAAUUUUUUCGAGGUGGCUCAGUUUUUACCCAACUGGGGUGUUGGAUAUCACAUGGCUAAGAGCCACUGGACCAAUGUCUCCUAUCAGAUCACAAAGAUCAAUCUUUAUAAGGAUGGAAGGCACGGGAAAGCUUGGGGUCUUGCUUAUAAAGAUGGUUUGCCAGUUGCUGAACCUAAAAAGAUUAGCGGGGUUCACAAACGCUGCUGGAGAUACGUUCCAAAUCCAAAGAAAGCAGAGCCGGAGGCUGUAAAUCCUGAGGUUCAGGCUGCUUGAUUCUAUUUCCUUGUCACACUGGAUCAACACACAUAUGACAUGUAUUUGCCUCUGAGGACGAGUCAUAGGAAUGUUAGGAUUAGGCCUUUACUUGAUCUCUACAAAAUGUACUUUUUAUUCCUUUUCUUCCGAUCCCUUGCAAAAGCUAUGGCUUAGGUUCUUUUCCUCGGACUCCUCUAAAGCUUGAGAGCUUGGUUCUUUAAUCUCCUGAACAUCUUGAAUAGAUAUGGACACAGGUUUUGGGACAUGUAUUAAUGGAUAGUGGAUUGUUUUUGCUGGUGGAAAAAUGGUAAUUGAUUUCUCCAUUAAUGAGAUAGCUUUUCAAGCAAGUUUAAUGUUCCUUGAGUAUAUGGAAUCAAGGCAACAGGCAGAUAACAACAAUCUAGAAGAAAUUAAGGGUAAAUUCAACAAGUUAGGCAGGGCAACUUAAGCCGGCUUUGCGGUCCCUUGUAGGGCUGCCUAAUUGCCUCUGCAUAGCUCCUCUCACCUAAGCAAACCUAUUUUCAUUGACCAAACAUACC